AAAAGGAAAAGGAGAGCCAUGGACCGGCCAAUGAGAAAGUCGUUCACUUAUUUACCGUGGCACCAAGCAAACUGAUCGUGAAACGUGCUCUGAAUUGUUCAUACUAGUUCAUACCGAACUCCUUUUUUCCUUCCUCUUCUUGUCCUUCUUCUUCAUUUUCUUCUUCCUAUUCCUCUUCCUUUUCCUCUUCCUCUUCCCCAUCCUAUUCUUUAAACUACUCCAUUCUCCUUUGGUGUUUUGAGCAAUUUCCAAAGUCUCUAAACCUUCUUCGAAAUUCUUCGAAAUGUUCAUAUGAUUCAUUCGAAAACUCUAGUUACUACUUUUAUUCGUUGUUCGAGAAAAUCAUCGUAUCAGAAUUUUCAAAGAGCAGAAAAUGAACAUCAUUCUGAUACUCUCAAUAAUUCUCAUCAUAUCUCGCGAGUGUGGUUUCCUAGUCGAUGGAUUUCGCAUUCUAGGCAUCUGUCCGAGUACGAGUUAUAGUCAUCAACAACCAUUCCAAGCACUGAUGAAGGCAUUGGCAACUCGUGGUCACAACGUUACCGUCAUUUCGACGAUACCAUUAAAGAAGAGUCUUCAAAAUUACGAGGACGUUGAUCUCUCAUUCACAUAUCGCAAAAGUGAUUGCACUGGACUUAGACAUAUGAACGCUUACGAGAUUCUAAGGAAAAAUAUGAAGGAAGCUAACGAUCUAUGCGUCGAGCAACUUUUCAGCAAACAAAUCAUGGAAUUAUUAACAAAAAACAAAACUUUCGAUGCAAUCAUAAUUGAACAAUUAUGGUAUCAUUGUUAUUAUUCUCUGGUUAAACAUUAUAACUAUCCAGUAUUAAUUGGAUUUUUAAGCGUUGGAAAUCUUCCAUACGUCAUGGAUUCGAUUGGAAAUCCGGACGAUCCAAUGUUAAAUCCCGAUAUGGCUUACCCCUUCACAAAUCGAAUGAGCAUGGACGAGAGAAUUUGGAACAUAUUAUACACGAGCUGGACCAGGUUCUAUUAUAGAUACUGGCAUUUGCCAAGAGCACAACGAAUAGCCAACAAGUUCGUACCGGAUACGCCGCUUUACGACAUAGAUAGAAACUUCAGUUUGAUUAUAUUAGGCAAUAAUCACGUCCUUGGUUAUCCAAAACCUUUAUUACCGAACGUGAUCGAAGUCCAUAGCCUCCAAAUCAAGGAACAAACUGAAUCCUUACCUAAGGAUAUUCGUGAAUUCCUGGAUGAUGCCAUAAACGGAGCCAUUUAUUUUUCUCUCGGUUCGAAUCUGCAAACUCACCAGCUACCCAAUGACCCUUUGACGGCAUUGUGCAACGCCUUGGGCUCGCUCAAGCAAAGAGUUCUAUGGAAACAUGCCGGAGACAUGGCUAUUCAGUCGAGCAACAUCAAAUUUGUGAAGUGGGUUCCACAGCAAGCGGUUCUUGCACAUCCAAAAGUGAUGGCCUACAUGAUGCAAGGUGGUCUACAGUCAUUGCAAGAAGCUAUACAUUAUUCCGUACCUCUGAUAGUCCUGCCUUUCUUUGGAGAUCAACAUUUCAACGCAAAAAAAAUUCUCGACGCUGGAAUUGGACUCACGUUGAACGUUGACACAAUGACGGAAGAAUUAAUCGUACGAACUAUCACAGAAGUCGUGGAGAAUAAAACAUAUAUACACAAUAUCAAACUGAUAUCGGCCAUUUUAAAGGAUGAACUAGUACGUCCAAUGGAGAGAGCAAUUUGGAACAUUGAACACGUUCUAAAGUUUCCUAAUUCUAAACACUUGCGCUAUCACGGUCGGGAUAUGUCAUGGAUCGAUUAUUAUUUGACAAUACUGGUGAUUUUUUUAAUUUUCACGAUUUUAAUAUUCAUCGGUUGUGCAUGCUUUAUUGUUCUAAGAAAAGCUGCAAAAAGUUAUUUGUAUCUUCAUAUGAAACGAUAUAAAUACAAAAAUGAAUAAAUGAUAAUUUAAAAA